AUGGAGAAGGUACUGCUCUGUUUCAGCUGUUAUGGUCUGAUCCUGCUGUUCUACCUGGUGUUCUAUAUAUUCCUUGGUGGAAUGUUUGUCCUGACCGUGAUGCUGCUAACACUGGACGACUAUAAACCUACCUACCAGGACCGCCUUGUUACCCCAGGUAUGAUGAUCCGUCCACAGGGCGAGGCCAUGGAGAUCCUCUACAACACCAAGGACACAGAGAGCUUUGACAUCUAUGCCCAGACGCUGAACAACUUCCUCGAAUCCUACAACAACUCCCUGCAGGUCCAGAACAACGAUGAGUGCCCCCCUGAUAAUUACUUCAUCCAGGAGGACAGUGGAGAGGUGAGGAACAACCCUAAGCGUUCGUGUCAGUUUAACCGUUCCACUCUAGAGGAGUGUUCUGGGAUCACAGACCGGACCUACGGUUACCAGAAGGGACAACCCUGUGUUCUCAUCAAACUGAACCGGGUGAUCGGGAUGCUUCCAGGGAAGGACGGCCAAUCUCCCUAUGUCACCUGUGGAGCCAAGAAAGAGGACAGUGAUGCGAUCGGAGAGUUGGCCUACUACCCUCCCAACGGAACCUUUAACCUCAUGUACUUCCCCUACUAUGGCAAGAAGGCCCAGCUGAACUACUCCCAGCCCCUGGUAGCAGUGAAGUUCCUCAACAUCUCUCUGAAUACAGAUGUGAAUGUUGAGUGUAAGAUCAACUCCAACACACUGAAGACCGGUGGAGAGAGAGACAAGUUCGCUGGACGCGUCUCUUUCAAACUCAGAAUCACCUCACCUAAGAACUAGACCACUAAACACUACACACACACACACUACUAGGAGGAAAGGAGGUCCAAUGUGUCUCCUUCUUCAUCUGUCUCUCUCCCUCUCUUAUUCUCUCUGUCUCUCUCUCUUUUUCUCUCUCCCUCUCUUAUUCUCUCUGUCUCGCUCUUUUUUUCUCUCUCCCUCUCUUUUUCUCUGUAUCUCUCCCUCUGUCUUUCUCUCUCUCUAUCAUUCUACUCAUCCCUCUCUCUUUCUGUCUCUCUCCCUCUAUCUCUCCAUCAGUCUGCUCAUCCCCCUCUCUAAUCUGUUUUUCUGUAAUCCUCAUCAACGCCCCUCCCCCUGCCCUCUGCUCUUCCUCAUUUUCCCACUCUCCACCGAAUAAUUAUGCUUUUCUCUUCCUCCUCCUCUUAGGGUUCUUAGUAACUUAUCAAACAAUUUUUAUUUUUUGUGUGUUGAUGAAUUUGGUCUUUAAUUUAAUUUAUACUUUUGAAAUGGAUGUCUCCUUUAUCGGAAAUGAAAGCCUUCUACUACACACACACACACACACACACACACACACACACACACACACACACACACACACACACACACACACACACACACACACACACACACACACACGAGCCCAAGUCCAGGAUAUUUUUGUUGUUGUUUUCAGUCCAUUUAAUCAGAGAAUCUUUCUUCAACAAUAUAUAUGACAUUUAUCAGAGUGGGUGACUGAGUGUAAAUAGAUAUUUUCUUGUGGAUGCUUUAGACACAUAGAGGAUUUGAGAUUUAAAAUAAAAGAUGGCAUGAUGAUAUGAUACCUAUGAAUUUCCCAACGCUGUAAGAUUCAUUUAAAGAGUUAAGUAGUGUCAGGUAAACAGAGUGAAGGGUAAAGGUUAGAGGUUAAGACGGAGUAAUGGUUAGAGUAGAGUUAGAGGCAGCUGGCUAACAGACAGACUUUUAGUAAUGUCAGUUAGUGUGUUUUAUUUUCUGUUCAGUUUGUUGUGGUAGAGCUGCUCUGUUAGCCGCUUGGUCCUGGUGUCCUGGUUGGCCAGCUAGCUGUUAACCGCUAGGUCGCUAGAUCCUGGUUAGCCAGCUAGCUGUUAGCCAUACUGCUAGGUCCUGGUUAGCUAGCUGUUAGCCCCUAGAUCAUAUAGGUCCUGGGUACCUAGCUGUAAGCCAUAUCGCUAGGUCACUAGUUGCUAGGUCAGUUUGAAUACCUGUGGUGCGUUUGAAUACUUUACGGGAAGUGGACGAUAUAUUGAGAUGAUAUUGGGGCAAUAUCGGGGUAAUACUGGGGUGAUAUUGGGGCAACACUGGGUCGAUAUUGAGGUCAUACUGGGUCGAUAUUGGGGUGAUACUGGGUCGAUAUUGGGGUGAUACUGGGUCGAUACUGGGGCGAUAUUGGGUCGAUAUUGGGGUGAUACUGGGUCGAUAUUGGGGCGAUAUUGGGGCAAUAUUGGGGCAAUAUUGAGGUGAUACUGGGUCGAUAUUGUGAUACUGGGUUGAUAUUGGGGUGGAACGGGUGAUAUUGGGGUGAUACUGGGUCGAUACUGGGGCGAUAUUGGGUCGAUACUGGGGUGAUAUUGGGGCAAUACUGGGUCGAUAUUGGGGUGAUACUGGGUUGAUACUGGGGUGAUACUGGGUCGAUAUUGGGGUAAUACUGGGGUGAUAUUGGGGUGAUAUUGGGUCGAUAUUGGGUCGAUAUUGGGGUGAUAUUGGGUCGAUAUUGGGGUGAUACUGGGUCGAUAUUGGGGUGAUACUGGGUCGAUAUUGGGGUGAUACUGGGUCGAUAUCAUAUCAAGGGGAUUUCUGCUUUUAAUGUCUUUCUUUUUUAUUCUGUUUCUCCACUCGUUUAUUUGUGCUGUGUUUGUGUGUGUCAUCAGCUUAGUGGCGUGUUUAGAACACAACAUUGUGUACAGUUACCACGGCAACCACAGCAUCAGGCCGGAGUCUCGCCCAAACUUCACCACACACCCGCCACUCACACUGUUGUGCCACAUGUGAGCCUUUCGUCUUGCGGUUGGUCAUGCCCCUUUAAUCUCUAAACCAAUCCUUUCCCUUUAAACAGUGAUGCCACUUCCUGGUCUGUCUGACCAAUCAGAGCCCAGCCUGUCUCCAUCCCUCCAUCUUAGUAAGAAUUUGUUUUCUUUUCAUUUGUUCUCAGUUCCUUUUCUGUGCAACGUUCAGCAGAUACAAACUAGAUGUGGUUAAUAAUGACAUCAUCUGUAUUACUGCCUCAGAUAUUCCAUGUGGAGCCUUCUGAAGAAUAUUGCUGUAAAAACAAGAAAUAAAAAGAUUUUGUGUUUAAAA